UUUGCUGAGUGGCUGCUGGUGGCCUGCCCUUUACCAGGAUUAUCCACCAGUGCUGGAGGCAGGGCUACCACCCUCACUUUGCAGAGAUAUGAGGCCCGGCUGAGAACAAGUCUAGUGGUCACAGUAAGUGGCCAACUUCAGGCUUGAUGGGGCGCAGCAGGGCUUGAGCAGGUUGCAUGAACGAUUCGCUUCCUGAGGCCGUUAUUUUAGACAUGUCUUCUUCGUCAAUGCAGAGGCUUGUUUUUCUGGGAAUUUGCAGCCUGUCUUCAGGACCAGUCUUGCAUCUGGCACAGCAGUCCCAAGCCUUUUUGACACCAGGGACUGGUUUUGUGAAAGACAGUUUUUCCAUGGACAGGGCUUGGUGGUGGGGGAUGGUUUGGGGAUGAAACUGUUCCACCUCAGAUCAUCAGGCAUUAGAUUCUCGUAAGGAGCACGCACCUUAUAUCCCUCACGUGUGCAAUUCACAAUAGCGUUCCCGCUCCUAUGAGAAUUGAAUGCUGCUGCUGAUCUAACAGGAGGCGGAGCUCGGGCGGUAAUCUUCUCUUGUCUGCUGCUCACCUCCUGCUGUGGGGCCCGGUUCCUAACUGGUCAUGGACUGGUGCCGGUCCACAGCCUGAGUAUGGGGGACCCCCUGAUCUAGCAGACUGAGGCCAGAUUGAGGCAAAAGCAGAUGAAUUUAUGGAAAAGGAUCCAUGCUGGCCGCCUGUAGGAGAGGCAGUGCCUGGAUGGGUCUUUAGCUGCCCCAGACCCCGUGAGCAGGUCUCUCCUAGCGACGCCUCUGGCACUUUGGGAGCCCAGGGGAGGGGAGGGAAUGAGAAGGUGGGCAAAGGAGGAGAUGACCUUCGUACUGAGCUUUGCGAGCGUUCAUCUGGCCUCACAACACCGCGGAGAAGUCUCUCCCACUCUACCUGAAAACGCCAAUAUAAUCUGGAGAUACCAAAAAGUGUCAUGAACACGCAAGCUUAUCCUAAUUCCCACCGUUAUUCUGGUCCUUAAUGAAUCAAAUGAGGAACUGGUUUGUGACUCAGGAAACUGAAGUCACAGAGUUCUUAAGAUCUGAGAAAAAUGGGUCACUGUGUUUGGUGCUUCACAGGACACGGGGCCUGCAGGCGAGGAGCCAGGCCUCAAGGGUUCAGUGAGUUGUCCAAGCCAGCGUGACUAAGGGUUCCGCUGGGACCUCUCAGAUUAACUUCCAAGAAGGAAAGCCGCUCCUUGCGCAUACACUUUUUCUUAACUCUCCCCGGCUGGUAAACUCAGGUGGCAUCGAGGCCUUGGCGUCUACCCCUUGGUGACACCCCCAUCAGGAUAACGCCUUGGCUGUGUCUCCCUGGCACCCUUUACCAGAGCAGCUGGGCUUGGGUUGCAGGGAUGGAAGCCUUUAUCUCAGGCGAUACCUGAACAUGUAGAGUAUGUGAUGCUUGCUGAGCUAGAGGCUCAUGGAUUGAUGUCCCUCUGCUGGUUCCAGUCAGUACGUGCCCCUGAAAUUCGAGGGGACUGUGGAGUCUGCUUCCAGGCUUUGAGAGCCCAAGUCUGUUGCAAAUUGAAUUGUAUCCGCAAAAGGAAAUGUUGAAGUCCUAGCUUCUGGUACUUUAGCUUCUGUGACUUUACUUGGAAAUAGGAAAUAGGGUCUUUGUAGAUUUUUUUAAGAUGUAAAUUGGGCCAGGCGCAGUGGCUCACGCCUGUAAUCCCAGCACUUUGGGAGACUAAGGUAGGUGGAUCACGAAGUCAGGAGUUCAAGACCAGCCUGGCCAACACAGUGAAACCCUCUCUCUACUAAAAAGAAUAAUAAUAAAAAAAUUAGCCAGGCAUGAUGGUGGUGCCUGUAUUUCCCAGCUACUUGGGAGGCUGAGUGAGGCAGGAGAAUCACUUAAACCCGGGAGGCGGAGGUUGCAGUGAGCCGAGAUCACGUCACUGCACUCCAGCUCGGGCAACAGAGCAAGACUUUGUCCCCCCCCCCAAAAAAAAAAAAAAAAGAUGUAAGUUAAGGUGAGGUCAUACUAGAGUAGGGUGGCCCCUUCGUGCAAUAUGACUGGUGUCCUUUUAAGGGGACGGGAGCCAGUGGCACAGAGGAGAGACUGCCACGUGAAGACAUGGGGCUGAUAGCCCUGUGAGGACAGAGGCCGAGUUUGGAGCUGCGCAUGGACCAGCUGAGAAGAGCCGAAGGUCGCCCGAAACCACCAGAAGCUGGGAGAGAGCGGGCACUGCAGACACUGCUGGCCUCUGGAACUAUGAGAGAAAUGUUGGUUGUUUUAAGCUACUGAGUUUGUGAAAAUUCAUUACAGCAGCCACAGAAAACUACAAGGCCCCUCUCCCUGCCUGGGGUUCGUUUGCUGGUCUGGAGGGUAAGGGUGCCGGCCACACCAUCCAGACACUUCCAGCCUUGCAUGUGGGGCCUCCUCAGGGAUUUGCCUGGACCCCCCCAGGUCUCAGCCGCCGCUGACGGCAAGUGGCGGGAGCCCCCGAAAGGCGCUGUUACUGCAAGGCUCACUCCCCAAGAGGCCUCUGCCUUCUGGGAGGCGCAGCUGCCCUGCACAGAGGACUGAGUCAGGGUCCACCAGAGAAGGCUGGCUUGAGCCUCUCCCCUGGUCUCAGCCCCUGCAGGCACUAUCCGGCCUCAGAACUUGGGAGAUGGAUGUGGUCAGGCCCUUUCUCCAGGUCAGUUUGGUCACACGCGUGCUCUGUUACACACAGAGUGUCUGCCAUGGAAGAGGGACCUGUCCCUUCAGACAGAGCAGUUCUAGGCAUACUUCUGGGCACUGGUGGCCCCAAGAGGAGUCAUUCCCUGACCCUGUGGAACUCCCAGCUAAGCAAGACAGGCAUGUUGAAAUUCCAAGAUCACAUGGUAACUUUGUCAGUCGCUCCUGUUGUUUAUAUCAGUCAUAACACGUUAGAUCUAGAAGAGGUAGAAAACACACACAAGCGGCCGGGCGCGGUGGCUCACGCCUGUAAUCCCAGCACUUUGGGACGCCGAGGCGGGUGGAUCACGAGGUCAGGAGAUCGAGACCAUCCUGGCUAACACAGUGAAACCCGGUCUCUACUAAAAUACAAAUAAUUAGCUGGGCGUGGUAGCGGGCCCCUGUAGUCCCAGCUACUCGAGAGGUUGAGGCAGGAGAAUGGCGUGAACCCGGGAGGCAGAGCUUGCAGUGAGCUGAGAGCAGGCCACUGCACUCCAGCCUGGGCGAGAGUGAGACUCCGUCUCAAAAAAAAAAAAAAAAAGAAAACACACACAAGCUGUAAUAGUUAAGGGUCUUUGAAAACCAAAUGACACAGUGCCCAUAUCAAACUGACUUAAUGAAGGACAAUGAUUGGCUUCUGGAACAAAGGGGGGAUGACUUCAGGAGAGGCUUGAUCCAGCAGUUUGUCUGGAGACCCAUUCCCUGCUUUCCCUCAGGGCUGGCCUUAUGCUCAGCCUCCCCUGUGAGGUCCUGGGAGCAGCUCAGUCUUGCCUUAGGGCUGCAGGGGGGCAGUGCCACCCCUGGGCUCGUGUUUCCCUGCUGGGAGUCCUAAGGAAGGGGGAAGCAUUAUCUUUUUCAGAAGCUCCAGAAAAUGUCUCCUGAAGACUCAAUGGCUCUAUUUGAUUUCUCACCCAUCCAUUAACUUGCUGCUCUUCUGGUGGGUAUGGAUGUGCAGUUGGGUUUCAGCCUAUGAAGACCUGGCCUGGAGCUGGGGAUGGGGUCGGUCCCACUCAAACCACAGAUCUGGGAAUGGUGGUUCCCCUGGAGCAAAAUCUGGGUGCUGUCAACACCAGGAGGGGGCAUCCGUGGUGUCAAGAAGAUCCAGAACUGUCUACUUAAUGGGCCAAAGGAGGGAAGUAAGAUCGGCUUUGGUGCCACCACCCAGGCGGCCGCCGUGGCAUGGGGGCCUGUGCUUCCAGACCUGGGCAGUGCGUGGAAUGCUGAUGGUGAUUCUGCGGAUGCGCCGAGGGGAUGAUGGCGUUCCCUGAGUGAUCACUGCAUCCCAAGCUCGGUGCUCAGCAGUGCUUCACACACAUUGAGCCAUAGAAUCCUCAGCACCCCAGAAAGAAUUCAGUUAUUGGACAGAGAUUUAUGGAGCCCCCGUUCUGUGCUGGUCGUUGUCGUGAGUAGGAGAUGGAGACGACUCCCCAUCAUGGGCUGUGUUCUUGCAGGAUUUCCCCAUGUUAUAGGUGUGAACAUUGAGGCCCAGAGAAAUGAGGCCGCACAGCUGGAAAGCUGCAGAUCCGAGAUCCAACCCCAGGGCCUUUUACUCCAAAACGUGUGUGCUUAAUGUGUGCCUAUACAUGCCGGUGAGUUUUCUUUUUAAACAGCUGGUCACCCUCAGAUGUCCACUGCUGGCCUGUUUGGCUGCCCUUCUCCAGGCCAGCAGCCAAGACGCAGUGCCGCCCGCAGGGGCGACCGAAUGGGAGCCUUGAAACAGGUGGAGCUGGCGAAGCAGGGCCCUGAGCUGUGUGCGUGGGGCCUGGCUGCAAAUGGCCCAGUGAAGGCUCCGUGCAUUUCCCUUUUUGAAGCUUGAGCCUUUUCUUCUCCAUGAGGCUGACCCACCAGGCUGGCCUGGUCACACACUAGCUGUGCGGUCCUGGCUCAGUUACUUUACCUCUCUGGGCCUCGGUUUACUCAUCUACAACAGGGGUCGGCAAACUACCACCCUCAGCCCGAAUCCAGUCUGCUGCCUAUUUUUGUAAAUAAAGCUUUAUUGGCACACAGCCAUGCUCACUCAUUCACAGAGCCGCUGCAGCUGCUUUUGCACAGGGCAAGAGAACCUGUGGCCCGCAAAGCCUGAAGCCUCUCUCUGUGGCCCUUUCCAGAAAAUCUGCCAAUCCCUGACCUAGCAGAUGGGAUGAUUGUGUGCGGGAGAGUGUAGGCUCUGGGAGGGCAGGGCUGUGUCUGUGGCUGCCACCAGAGUGUCCCCUCCCUGUCACCAAACCAUGGGGUCGUUGCAAGACUCAGAGAGAAACUGUGUUCGGUGUUGAGCACAAGGCACGCAGUGCGUGCUCAGUAACCUCCAGCUGCGAUUCCUCCCGUGAUUAAACAAAGGCAAGGAGGACUGCCCCGACAGGCUCAGAGGGCCCAGGGUCUGGAAUAGGAGCUGAUCCUCGGGUUAGACCACUCAGCUCUUAAAGUGGCUGCCGAUUGAGAGGCUUGUCUCAGCUGCCGCUAGGUGCAAAUUAAAAGGAUUAAUGGACACCGCCGUCUUUGAAAGGCUCAAGGCCCACCGAAGCCCCUUCAGCAGAGGGUUCUGCAUUCUCUCUUCCCCAGCCCUCCUUGUGUGCCCUCGUGAGUGGCGGUGACAAUGCUCCCGGAUGUGGGCCCCAAGGCCAGCGGCCCCAGAGCUGCCCGCCCACCCGUCCGCCUGCUAUUGUCUGCUCAGGCCUGGCGGUGUGGCGCUGGGCUUGUGGGGCCCCGGCGGGCAGGGGACUGUGGGAACGGAUUAGAGGUCCUGGGCUUGCUUUCCUCGUCUUGCAUAAACUCUUGAUCAAAGACAUUCCUGGGAUGACAGAGCCCUGUGAGCUGCGAGGCUGGCCCAGCGUGCGGGACGCACACCCCACGCUGCAGCCCCUGCACAGGCCUGCCCUUGCUGGCCCUCGCUGGCCCUGGCUGCAGUGCUGACUUUGGGGACUAGCCUUAUGGUGGGACUGGUGAUGGAGCAGGUGCCAGGAGGCAGCACAGCCUUCCCCACCAGAUUCAGAGGCCAGGCCUCCAAUGCUGGGCAGAGCGAGGCUGUGACUGCUUCCUGGGGUGCUUCAAGGAGGGUCACGCUGCAUGCAGGGUAGCCGGAGGGAUUGCCGGAUGCAUGCCACUGCCGCUGGGCCUGUUUUCUCUGGACUCCCAUGGGCACUGCCCUACCCUCUGCACAGCCCUACCCACUGUUAUUCCACAAGCGCGGUCCGAAGUCCACGUGCCCGCUCUGCCCAGCCUCCUUCCUCUGUCCCCUCAGGACCUUUCACUCCUUAUGACAACACUAGGUGCUGCCUGGGCUCCUGGGGAACCCCCGACCCUUCCAGCCAUGGAAUCAGCUCCCGGCAUGCGGGUCAGGCUGGACCCAUGGCUCUGCACCUCAGCCCAGCAGCUUGGGGCUGCCCUGUAGGAGCUGACGCGACCUCCCUUCCAUUCGGCCCCCUUCCUAGGACCCACUGUGUGCCAGGGUGGGGAGACGGAGGCAGAGAGAAAUCUGGGAGAUUUCCGUCCUAGAGGGGCUCAGCCAGAGCAGGAAGGUGCCCAGGCAUGACAAUCCCGGACUCCCAGAACCACCUGCCUGCUGUGGGGUGGGGAAGCCCUCAGAGAGCCCGUCCUCACAGUCAGAGCAGAGAUGAAGGUUCCUGUGGACCGAGGCGGGGGGCCAAGCGCAGAACAGGAAGCUCGAUGCAGUCUGGUGUGUCAGGAGCUCCUGGGCAAAGACAUCGAGCUUAUUGGGGUCAAGGCUGGGGAGAGUCGGGGCUGAGUCCCAGGGACCUUGGACGGAGCUGA